AUGGGUGGAAUCGCUGAUCAACUGGUCUAUGUGCCGCAACCUGUCCAGCUUUUGCUAGCUGGCAUUGGUGCUCUCUUCCUUACCUCCAAGGCACUGAGCUAUGUCAAGUUCGUCCUUGGUGUCUUCUUGCUUAGUGGCACCAGCCUCCGCAAGUAUGGCAAGCCUGGCACCUGGGCCGUCGUGACCGGUGCAUCAGACGGUCUCGGCAAGGAGUUCGCCCAUCAGCUCGCCAGCAAGGGCUUCAACCUCGUCCUCGUCUCCCGAACUCAGUCGAAGCUCGAGACCCUCGCCCACGAGCUCGAGGCCAAGUUCGACGGCAAGAUCCAGGUCAAGAUCCUCGCCAUGGACUUCUCCCGCGACGACAACAACGACUACGACAGACUCGCCCAGCUCGUCAACGGCCUCGACGUCGGUGUCCUCAUCAACAACGUCGGCCAGAGUCACAGCAUCCCUGUUCCCUUCCUCGAGACCGCCCGCAGCGAGCUCCAGAACAUUGUCGCCAUCAACUGCCUCGGCACCUUGAAGACCACCCAAGUCGUCGCCCCCAUCAUGCAGCAGCGCAAGCGCGGUCUCAUUCUCACCAUGGGCUCCUUUGCCGGCUGGAUGCCUACCCCUUACCUGGCUACGUACUCUGGCAGCAAGGCCUUCCUGCAGCACUGGAGCAGCUCUCUCGCGGCUGAGCUGAAGCCCCAGGGUAUCGAUGUCGAGCUUGUUCUCAGCUACCUCAUCACCACCGCCAUGAGCAAGGUCCGCCGCUCGAGCGUCAUGAUCCCUACCCCCAAGAACUUUGUCCGUGCCACUCUCAGCAAGAUUGGCUCUGGCAGCUACCAGAACUUUGCCUACACCUACACUCCCUGGUGGACGCACGCCAUGAUGCUGUGGGCUGUGGAGAGCACUAUUGGCGCUGCUCACUACCUGGCUCUCUGGUUCAACCUCAAGAUGCACGUUGACAUCCGUAACCGUGCUCUCAGAAAGGCGGUUCGCGAGGCCAAGAAGCAGUAA